UUCGCACCUGUUGUGAAUCGCUUAACCGUUAAUUAUUCCUUUGAACCUUCUCGGCACCUGUAGUUGAGUUGGCAGCUCAAUUGUUUUGUUUUGGUGGUCAAGUUGGAAGUCUACUUCGAGCUGUGACAUCAUGUCUGACAAAAGUGAGCUGAAAGCAGAACUCGAAAGGAAGAAGCUACGUUUGGCACAAAUCCGGGAGGAGAAAAGAAGGAAGGAGGAGGAGCGAAAGAAGGCGGACCAACAGCAGAAAGAAGUUUCACAACAGCAGGAUGACUCCGACCUGGAGAAAAAAAGACGAGAAGCUGACGCUCUUCUGCAAAGUAUGGGGAUAACACCAGAUGCUGCAGUUGCCCCUCCUUCCACGACUCCUGCUCCCAAAUCAGCGGAAACUCCUAGUGAAACCGGCAGCCAGGACUCUGAUGGAGCCGUGGGACCCAGGCGUGUGACUCCAAAACUGGGAAUGGCCAAAGUCACACAGGUGGACUUCCCACCACGUGAAACGGUGUCCUACACCAAGGAGACUCAGACACCAGCCCCUGCCCAGGCUAAGGAAGAGGAAGAAGAGGAGGAAGAAAUUGCUCCAAUUGCUCAACCAGUAGUCGAGGAUCAAACUGAGAACCUGGACCAGAAAGAAGAAGAAGAAGCCCCGCCGCAUGAGCUGACCGAGGAGGAAAAACUCCAGAUCCUCCACUCCGAGGAGUUUGCUAACUUCUUCGACCAGAGCACUCGCGUUAUCGAGCGAGCGCUCUCCGAGCAUGUGGACAUCUUCUUUGACUACAGCGGUCGUGACCUGGAGGAUAAGGAAGGGGAAAUCCAGGCGGGAGCGAAGCUUUCACUGAACAGGCAGUUUAUGGACGAGCGCUGGUCCAAAAAUCGGGUCGUCACCUGUCUGGACUGGUCUCCACAGGUGAUUUUCUCUGACAAUUGCAGUCUGGAUCUGGGGACGUUCAGCAGUAGUUUGUUUGUGAGCCUUGCAACUCCAGCUGGAUCGGCCGUGAUGUCUGCAGCGUUUGCAAAGUUUCACCCGAAUGUCAUCGUUGGAGGGACGUACUCUGGCCAGAUCGUUUUGUGGGACAACAGGAGCAAUAAGAGGACCCCUGUGCAGAGGACUCCGCUCUCAGCAGCAGCACACACGCACCCGGUGUAUUGUGUGAACAUAGUCGGCACGCAGAACGCCCACAACCUGAUCAGCAUCUCAACGGACGGCAAGAUCUGCUCCUGGAGCCUGGAUAUGCUCUCCCAGCCGCAGGACAGCAUGGAGCUCGUCUUCAAGCAGUCCAAAGCCGUCGCCGUCACCUCCAUGUCCUUCCCUCUCGGAGACGUCAACAACUUUGUGGUGGGCAGCGAGGACGGCUCCGUCUACAUGUCGUGUCGUCAUGGAAGCAAAGCGGGGAUCAGCGAGAUGUUUGAGGGCCACCACGGCCCCAUCACCGGGAUCCACUGCCACACAGCUGCAGGACCGCUGGACUUCUCCCACCUGUUUGUCACCUCGUCCUUCGACUGGACCGUCAAACUGUGGAGCACCAAGAAUAACAAGCCGCUCUACUCAUUUGAAGACAACUCCGACUACGUGUAUGACGUCAUGUGGUCUCCCACUCACCCGGCUCUCUUUGCAUGCGUGGACGGCGUCGGCCACCUGGACCUGUGGAACCUGAACAACGACACCGAGGUCCCCACUGCUAGCGUUGUGGUGGAGGGGAGCCCGGCCCUCAACAGGGUCAGAUGGGCUCAUACCGGGAGAGAGAUCGCAGUGGGAGACUCCGAUGGACGCGUUCUGGUUUAUGAGGUUAAAGAGCAAAUUGCAGUUCCGCGAAACGACGAGUGGACGCGCUUCGUCUGCACGCUGGCAGAGAUCAACGAGAACAGAGACGACGCGGAGGAGCUGGCCGCUCAGCGUCUGGCUGCGUGAGCUCGUCUCUGCGCCUCGCUGCGGCGUUUAAGGGACCAGCUGGGUGCUCGUUACUGUCGGCCCUGUUUUCUGACCACAUGACUGUAGGAUGAAACAUUUUCUGAUUUCCAUCACCAGUCUUCCUCAAAUAGAGAUCCAAGCAGCAGGGUUAUCAUACAGCGACACAAACAUGAAGCCAUUUAUUUAAAAAAAAUAAAUCAAUAAAAAUGGUCGUCUUCUCUUCAA